AUGGCUUUGGGGUCUUUGUCCAAACAGGCGCUAUACCGUCGUAUGACAGGGACGUUGGCAAUUCUAUCUGCGCCCGGCUUUGUGGUCGUGUUACGUCGCCACGGAGAUGCCAUGUGGCUCCGAUUCUCGAUGACCCCCGAAUUGCAGGAUGUGAGCUCAGUGGCCCCGAAAUCCUUCCGACCUGAGAUCAUUCGUAAUCAGGUCCUUGCUCCAGUUUAG